AUGAUGUUUGGGGACAAUCUUGGCAUCUUUAGAGCCGUUGAUAUUGACAAAAAUACAACAGCAGAUGAGUUCAAGACUGUGUUGAUGGGAUGUCUCUCCCAGGAGGAACAUGAUUGUUUCACAAUCGACAAACUACAUCUUGCACCAUAUCCCAUCGAUGAUUGCGGUACACAAGUAGCUGUAUUUAAAUUCUCCCCUCCUAUUCCUUCUUUUUUAAAGAAAGUUGCUGCCGGCGAGAAAAAGCACCUACGGGACCGGAAGGGAAACCUCAUAGAAAUAGACGCAAACUUCUGGGGUCUCACUCAGCUAAACCAUCCAAAAGAAGACAUAUUACUAGAUUACAACUUCGGCGAUGCUAAGCCUGGGAAAAGUAUCGUAGCCAUCUCCGGACUUGCGAACCAUGCAUAUGGAGCAUGGAGUGGGGUUGAGUCAAAUGGAACAGUACAAAUGUGGCUUCAGGAUUUCUUACCCGAAGAACCCGACUUGGGAUCGAGAUGUCGAAUCAUGAUCUAUGGAUACUCUACCCAAGCAGAUGACCUAGUUACUUACGUUGCGGGGUUUCUAGAGGAACUCUUCAAGGCGCGUAGAAAACCACUGAACUUUACUCGCGAAAAUUAUCCAAUUGAAUCACAUGGGAUAGUAGUCGACAAAAACUCCGCAGUUCUUGGGUUACCCGAUGAUCUCGAAGAAGACUAUGAUGUUGAUGGCGACCAUAUCUCCCUUAUUCAGUUCACGGGUCAGGCUGGUCGCACCUAUACUACGAUUAUCGGUCUAUUGCAGCGUCUCCUUGCGAGAUUAAGAAACAAGGUUUCAGCUAGAACAAGUAGUUGA